AAGUCGGUCGAGGUACGUCCAGCACGGCGCACAGUUUCCGGUAGAUACGGCAGAGUUAUAGACGCAAUAUAAAUAGCAACGCUUGAACAAAAUGGCCGAACAAAAGAAGGCACCACUCUUGAAGAAGGAGGAGGAUUACGUGAAGGCCUUGGAGGGUUUCAUAACGCCCGACAAGGAUCAGGUGGCUCUGCUGCUGGACUACGAUGGCACACUGGCCCCACUUACCGAGGAGCUCUCGGUCAUGCCCAAGGAUACUGAGAUCAACAUCAAGAAAUUGGCCGCCAACGACAAAAUCUUCAUGGUUGUGUUCUCUGGUCGCGAACUGAGCGAAAUCAAGAACCAUCUGAAGUUCCCCAAUGUUACCUAUGCUGGUAACCAUGGUCUCGAGGUGGAGUACCCAUCGGGCAAGAAGUUCAAGAUCGAAAUGCCCGAAGAGCUGCUGGAGAAGCACAACAAAUUGGUCACCGAACUGAAGGAGAAGGUCGUCUGCUCUGGUGCCUGGGUGGAGGAUAAGAAAAUCUCUGUGACCUAUCACUACAAGGGUGUCAAUGAUAAGCUGAAGACCAAAUUGAUUGCCGAUGCCAAGGGCUUGAUUCAGGGUCAUGGCUUCCAGCUGAUUGAAACCCCCUACGCUCUGGAGGGCAAGCCACGCGUCAACUGGGACAAAGGUGAGGGCGCCAAGAUGAUCUUGGAGAAGCAAUUCGAUGCCGAUUGGGCCAAGAACUUGAAAAUCAUCUAUGUGGGCGACGACACUACCGAUGAGGAUGCCAUUAAGGUGCUGCACGGCAUUGGCAAGACUUUCCGUGUCUCGGAGCUGCCCACAUUGAAGACCUAUGCCAAUUAUCAGAUCAAGACCGUUGAGGAGGUUGGAUGGCUGCUGAAAGCCGUGCAGUCUUUCUACGAGAAGAAGAAGAAGAUCUAAGAUGGAGAUCCAAGCAGUAGCUUAAGCUAAUUCCACACUCUCUCGCAUACACACACACACACACAAUCAAGCACAAAUACACACACAACACACACAUUUACACGCACUCACACACAUAUACAUGUAUGUAAAUGUGGAACUCUUUAGUUGUUCUCUUACAAAAAUAAUACUCGAUUUGUUUCGCCUUAUGUAUGUUUGUAUGUAUGUAAUUGUAAUGCGACAUAUCCACAGAAUGUUUCACAAACUCUCUAUAUCUCUUUUAACUCGAUUUGGAAUAAAUUUUAUGUCACAUACUUAUUGUAAA